AUGGAUACAGUUAAAGUUGACGACCCAAAACAGUCAGAAAUGGCGAAUCAGGAAGAAGAGAGAAAGCUUGACAAGAGCGGAUCACGUGUCGAACACGUGUUUAUGCCAACCGUACUGUCACAACUGCAGUUAUCUCCUCAACCAAAGAUACCAUCAAAGCCCAAUACGCAGAAAACAACCAAACUUUUGGGUAAGAUUUCCUUUCUUUAACCGAUACUGAUCGUGAAAAUGCUCAGUCAACCAAUUGCUUGUUGUUGAGGCAAUAUAUACCCUACAUGUAGGGAAGAAGAAGUAAGAAAUAAACAGAAUUUAGCCACACUGUAUACACACUAGUCAUUACAUGUUUAAAUUUUCAGCCAAACCUCCUCUCUUUACGGAUUCAAUUCCUCUUUACGGAACAGGCUUCUGUAGCUCAGUUGGUUAGAGUCCUACGCCGGAGCGCAGAGCCGCAGGUUCGAUUCCUACCAGAGGGCCUAAUGUUGCAUUUUUUGCAACUACUCUUGGUUAGAUCUAAAAAUGUAUAUUUUCUUGAACGGUCUGUGCCAGGAUGGAUAGCAGAAAUAAUAAGAAGAAAGUUAGUUGCCGACGAAGGACCUUCGUUUGAAACGUCGAAGUUCGCCUUGUAUUUUAUCAAUCCGAAGCUUUCUAAAAAUGUAUAUAAAUUUAUGUCAGAAUAUAUUCCAUAUGCAAAAACCCAUCUUUGAUCAUAUUAGACUUUUGUAUACAGCAGACUCUUAAUUUUCUUCUCUCAUCAGAUCGUCUUCCAGCAGCUGGGAAUCUGGGAAUAUUUUAUGCUGUAAAACCAGCGAAUCUACCAGUUGAGCCUGUAGUAACCACAAUUCACGCCCAAAGAGACAACACUAAAGUCACUAACAAUUGUUUCAAUGGUACCAUCUGUAUUGAGCGGAUCUGUUUUCGACCUCAAUCAUUACCAUCAUGUCCAACGACAUCAUACACGUCAUCAAGUACUGUAAAGAUAGCUCCUAUAGAACCAAACAAACCGCUGGUGCCAACUACUACUAUUAAAACACAUCCAGUGGUAGUUAGCGUGACUUGGACCGAUCCUGGCAAAACAACAACCAAGUCACAACCAUGUUGCAAUUGUCCAGGUAAUGUCAUCUACUUUUCAAACGCAUUUAAUUGAUAUAGCUCAUGAGCAAUUCUCAUGAGCAAAAUACAAAAUAGAAAAUGAGCGCCGUAUCGUUGUCUUGGUAGCCAGACGUCAACUUCUGCAUUGAUCCGUCCAAGUAAUUAAAAGCACCUCAAGACUGGAUGCGUGAUUGUUCUCUGGUACAGAAAAUGAAGCCAGUCAAACAUUUUUAAAGCUCAUUAAUAAUUCAUGAGGAAAAGACAAAGGAAAUUAUUACAGUGUCUGUGAUUUUAUAUGUGAUAAAAAAUCAUGUUCAUUUACAUAAACGUCGCCACAGUUAUCUGAGAUGGGUCGUUUAUUAGGCUAUUUAAUUAAAACACUCGUAGCUAGACCGCGAGCAAUCACUGAGCUCGUAGCAUGUGUUUUAUCAGGUACUGCUACUCGUGUUUUAAUAGUACUUAGACGAUAGACGUCCACCAUUACUAUAAAGGAUCAAUGUUUCUUUUUAUAAUUUCUUCAAACUUUAGAUGUACAGAUAACUAUAUUAUUUUGACCUAUAAACAUGUUACAAUCCUACCACAUUACUUUAAAUAGGGUUCUUAGUAAUAGCCGACUUCAUUUUCUACGCACUAUCAAUCCAGUUUUAUUAUUUAUAAGUAAGGUCGUAACGUGCUUGGGAUGUUAUUGGUAGAUGGAUAUAAUAUUUUAAUCCAAGGUUUGAAUGGGGUUUAUAAGUGAGGUAUUUGUCCCUAAUGACUGACAAAUUAUAUUUUAAUCUUACAAACAAUGAAAUGAAGAAAUAUCUUCAUAAUAACUCACAACUGGCUUAAAUUGUAGCUAACAACUCACAUUAAAAAACUCCACUAAGGCUAGUUAUUCUGGUAUAGAAGCAUAAAAGCGGCAAACAUGUAAAUAUAACCUUUUUACAGUCGAUUGAAAUUGAUAAGAAUAUUAAUAACAAAAUUCUGUCUUUAUAUUUAGGUAUAUGUGUUGAAGUGAAUCUCUGCAACGCCAAGCAACUUCCCAUAUGUUCAGCGUUACCAAGAUGUGCCACAGGACACUGUGCUCAAAAUUGCUGUGGGCGAUAG